GAGGAUCCACCCCGAGAAAAAGUCGAAAAAAAGGUUCCUGUGCUUGGCCUACCCUUGGCCUUCCGACGGCGUGAAAGUGUCGCUCCUACACGACUUGGCGGGGCCGCCACGCACCAGACCCUCACCAUCCUACUUUGUUGGUGUCCAAGUCCGUAGUUGUAAGCCUCCAUCCAGCGCCCUACUAGGCAUACUGGGUGGUAUAUAAAGUAUUCCGCGUCGGACGCAACCAGGUUGCUGGAUUCUCCCCCAAUUCACCACCCUCUCCCUCCAUCCUCCCCUCUUCUUCUUUUUCUUUUUUCUUCAUCGUCGUCCGCCAUGGCCAUCCCCGCCAUCACGGCAAAGUACGACUGGAUCCUUGCCAUCACCACCAUUGCCUUCGUCUUCUCCGCCUUUGGUAAUGGUGCCAACGAUGUCGCCAACUCUUAUGCCACGUCCGUGGCUGCCCACACCUUGACCAUGGCCCAGGCCGGUGUCCUCUCCAUGGCAACUGAAUUCAUCGGCGCCGUCGCCCUCGGGGCUCGCGUCACCUCCACCAUCAAGAACGGCAUCAUCAACAUCGACCGUUUCCGCGAGAACGGAGGCAACCCCGGAACGCUGAUGCUGGCCAUGGGCUGCGCCGAGAUUGGUAGUGCUACCUGGUUGAUGCUCGCCACCGGCAUGGGCUGGCCCGUCUCCACCACCCAGACUGUUGUCGGCGCCCUCAUCGGUGUCGGUUUCGCCUCCGGAGCUUCCAUCAAGUGGGCCUGGCAGUCGGGCUCCGUAUCCCAGGUCGCCGCCUCCUGGGGUGUCGCGCCCGCCCUCGCCGCCGCCUUCUCCGCCCUCGUCUUCGGCGUCGUCAAGUACUCGGUCCUCGAGCGCAAGGAUUCCUUCAAGUGGGCCAUGCGCCUCAUUCCCUUCUACUUCGGCUUGACCGGCGCCAUCCUCGCCCUCUUCAUCGUCGUCGAAGCGCCCACCGCCCCUUCGCUCGAGGAGUUCGGCGCCGGCAAGGCCGUCGGCAUCAUCCUCGGUGUCUUCUUCGGCUGCAUCGCCAUCUGCUACAUCUUCUUCGUCCCCUUCUUCAAGCGCAAGCUCAUCAUGAAGGAUCCCCGCAUCCGCAUCUGGCACGUUCCCCUCGGGCCCCUCCUGCUCAAGGAGAACACCCACCUCUACUUCCCCGGUAAAGGGGAGGAGUACGUCACCAACUACUACCAGGAUGCCUACGGCGAAGUCGUCGCUGGCACCAAACGCGACGAGAAGCACCAUCAGGGCAACGGCGACGCCCAGGAACUCCCAGGCCCGCCGUCCGAUCUCAAGAAGCCAUCCGACCUUCCCGAGGAUACCGAGAAGAGCGCUGCCGACGACACUCCCUCCGGUCCCCAGCUCAAGCGCAAGCGGCAAUCGGAACCCUACGAGCGCUUCAUUGGUCCCGUCCUCCAUCUCUCCUGGGGCAAUCCUCAGAGGUGGUGGGGAUACAUCAAGUUCGGUCUUCUCCAGGGUGUCACCCGUGAUUGCAUCACCCACGAUUCCGAACGCCUCCGCGCCAUCCACGCCAGGGCCAACCGCUACGACGACCGCGUCGAGCAUCUGUGGACCUACUGCCAAGUCAUCUCCGCCAUGAUGAUGAGCAUCGCCCACGGUUCCAACGAUGUUGCCAACGCCGUCGGUCCCUGGGCCGCCGUCUACGAGACGUACAGGCAAGGCAAGGUCGCCACAAAGUCGUCCACGCCCGUCUGGUUCCUCGUUGUUGCAGGUCUGCUCCUCGGCCUCGGUUUCUGGUUCUACGGCUACCACAUCGUCCGCUCGCUCGGCAACAAAAUCACCCAGAUGUCGCCCACCCGUGGCUUCUCCAUCGAGCUCGGUGCCGCCGUGACCGUUCUCCUCGCCUCGCGCUUGGGUCUCCCCGUCUCCACCACCCAGUGCCUGGUCGGUUCCGCCAUGGGUGUCGCCCUCAUGAACUAUGAUCUCGGCGCUGUUAAUUGGAAGCAGCUGCUGUACAUCUUCUUUGGCUGGGUCGCCACGCUCCCUGCUGCCGGUCUCAUCUCGGGCCUGCUGUGCGCCAUGGCCCUCAACGCACCCCACUUCUAA